UUUCCUUACUACAAGUAUUAAUGGCGUUCGUUAGACUUUUGUAGGGAAGAUACGCCGAAACUUCCUGUUAAGAUUCACACGAAAAACAUCGAUUCAAGAAGCUCGAGCAAAGUGUAAUAUAUAUUGAAGGCAAGGCUUUUAUUAACCACCGCUUGCGAAUACUGAAAUAUGGGCUUCACAAAACUCGGAUUCUUCUUUUUAUUGCUCUUCUUUCAUCAACUUCAUCUUCUUCUUGCAUAUCAACGUUCUAACAAUACUCAGUUGGAUACAGAGUUUAAACAGCGACAGAAUGCUAGUGAAAAAGGAAACCCACAAAAAUUUACGUCGAAAGAGGGAGUGAUGGUAUCUGUUAAUAGGCGCGGAGGUGGAGGAGGAGGUCAUGGAGGUGGAGCAGGAGGUCAUGGAGCUGGUGGGCAUGGAAACGGAGGUGGUCACGGUGAAGGAGGAAACGAUGGCCAAGUGGGCGGUGGAGCUGUGAUUCCUCUCUAUGCAGCUGGUGCCGGUGGCUACCACGGCCGCCGCCACCAUGGUUCCAACACUGCUAGCCCCGGUUACUGUGGCCUGAGUUAUUUGGUUUUCUCUGUUUUUAUUUCUAUUAUUUUUUUUGUAUAUUUUAUAUAGGGCUAUAAUUGGAAUUCAGUGUGAUUAUAAUGCAAAUAUAUUCAGAUUUUCACA